UAGAGGAGGAGAAGGCAAUGCAGAUUGCGCUUGUUGAACGCUGCAUGCUGUUCUAAAGCGCUCGCGGUGAUUGUUUUUUUACGGGGUGCCACGGCGAUGGGAAAGCUAUAAAACGGUCGCUAUUGAUCCAUAAAUGAUCGGAGUGGACACUGGAUGCAUUAAGGACUAAUGGAUAUCAGCAUCAUUCGCAAUAAGUAACUAAAGCGAUUUCGCGCUGCUGCGGAGAUUCUUCAUUCUUGUACACGUCUUGGACUGGCGCGUGAUGGCUUGGUGUCAGGUGUGCACAGACGUGUCUUUUGUUUGGGCCGCUGAAUCGUAUUGAGUGGUUAUAAACGCUGAUAGCUGAACGAGGAAACUAAGACUGAAGAAGGAGAAGCGACAACAAAAGGAGCCGCGCGCUCUCGCGAGAGCAGCCGCGAGCGCGGAAGAAGCGCGUGCUGACAUUCGAACUUUGUCACUCCGACGGCGGUUAGUGUUCAAGCGGAGCCCGCUCGGCCUCUUCAGCCUCGAUUUCUGUCUGUGAAAGACAGCAGAGGAAUAAAAAAUCCGCACAACUUCUGUACAAUGAAACGGCCAAAAUCAAAUAAUAAUAUCGUACGUUAAAAUUUAUCCAGCUGAAUGAACUGAGGCUAAGGGAUUUACAACGGUUCCCGAGGCGCUUUCUUUACAAGCGAAGAAGAAUUCAAGAUGACUACGUGACACAGAAGCUCGGAUCACACUUGGCACACUGUACAACCUGCAGCUUUAAAAGUGCUCAUCAAGUUUUACAGCAGGCUGUUUGCAGACCAUCUCAGGUCACCCCUUAUGUUGAGUGAAUGCUUCCCACGGUUCCACAGACAAUGGAUGACCUAAGUUUGAAAGGCUGUGUGCAUUAUGAGUUUGUACUAGUCUAUGAACAUAUCCUGCCCUACUUCAUUCACACUACCCUUCCAUUGCUUUCCUCAAGCUCUUUAGUUUCUAAGAGUAUUGACUUUAUCUGAACUGCUCAUCAGGAGGGAGACGAAUCUGGAUUUUGUAACUCCAAAGCAGAAAAAAAGGUGGAAAAGAAGCCUCUCUGUCUUUUUCAUUACCUUUCUGUGGGUGUAUGGAUGUGAUAUAGCAUUUGAAUGUCUGCUCACUCUCUGUGGGUGAAGAUAUGUCUGAAAGCCUCAAAGACAAAAUGGUCAAGUUCCUAUCACCCCCUUCGAAGAACACCAACAGCUCCAGCUCAGACUCGCUGUUGGGUGAACGGUUCGGUCCUGAGGUCCGCCGCCGCCAUCACACCAUGGAGCGAGAACAGCUGAAAGGCGAGCACCGUUUUUUCCGUCGCAGUGUUAUUUGUGACUCUAAUGCUACAGCUUUGGACCUUCCCAGCAAAGUGUGCCUUCUGCGCUCACCACCAGACUGCUCCACUUCCUCCACUGACCACGGUGCUGGGGAAACAAAAUCCGCUGCUUCGGUUGACCUUACUGGGGUUGAAAGGCCAGUGGUGGUGAAGACAGAGAGUGCAGAUGAUGGCAUCCAUGAAGAGAUAGUUGCAGAGAAGAGACCUUUGGUGUCAUUGGGUUGUGAUGGGGAGACGAAACAGGUGCCUGCUUUGGGACCACCCAGUGAGGUGUUGGAGCUGGAGGCAAGUAGCGUAGGUGCAAAGUGUGAAAAGGAGGAAGAUGAGGAAUGUAAGGAGAAGGCUCGAGUGGAGGCAGAGCAACAGCGUGAGGCAGAGAAGAAGGAACAAGAAGACAUCGAAGAGGUUGAGACAAAGGCGGUUGGUACCUCGCCUGAUGGUCGAUUUUUGAAGUUUGAUAUCGAGAUUGGACGUGGUUCAUUCAAGACCGUUUAUAAAGGAUUGGAUACAGAGACAACUGUGGAGGUCGCGUGGUGUGAACUUCAGGACCGUAAAUUAUCGAAGUCUGAGAGGCAGCGUUUCAAAGAGGAGGCUGGCAUGCUUAAGGGUCUACAGCACCCCAACAUAGUACGCUUCUAUGAUUCCUGGGAGUCCCCCUCCAAGGGGAAGAAGUGUAUUGUGCUUGUGACGGAGCUUAUGACAUCUGGAACCCUAAAGACGUAUUUGAAGCGGUUUAAGGAGAUGAAGAUCAAAGUCCUGCGCAGUUGGUGUCGACAGAUUCUGAAGGGGCUGCACUUCCUUCAUACUAGAUCCCCUCCCAUCAUCCACCGCGACCUCAAAUGCGACAACAUCUUCAUUACUGGCCCCACUGGAUCCGUCAAGAUUGGAGACCUGGGCCUUGCUACGCUCAAAAGGGCUUCUUUUGCCAAAAGUGUCAUAGGUACCCCUGAGUUCAUGGCGCCUGAGAUGUAUGAGGAGAAGUAUGACGAGUCAGUGGAUGUCUAUGCCUUUGGGAUGUGUAUGCUGGAGAUGGCUACCUCUGAGUACCCGUACUCCGAGUGCCAGAAUGCGGCACAGAUCUAUCGCAGAGUGACCAGCGGGGUGAAGCCUGGCAGUUUUGAUAAGGUCGCUAUUCCUGAAGUCAAGGAAAUCAUUGAAGGUUGCAUUCGUCAAAACAAAGAUGAGAGAUAUUCCAUCAAGGACCUGUUGAACCACGCCUUUUUCCAGGAAGAGACAGGUGUUCGUGUUGAACUGGCUGAAGAGGAUGAUGGGGAGAUGGUUGCCAUCAAGCUGUGGCUGCGCAUUGAAGAUGUUAAGAAGCUUAAGGGGAAAUACAAGGAUAAUGAAGCCAUUGAGUUUUCCUUUGAUCUCCACAAAGAUGUCCCAGAGGACGUAGCGCAAGAGAUGGUGGACUCGGGCUAUGUGUGUGAGGGCGACCAUAAGACCAUAGCCAAGGCUAUAAAAGACCGUGUGGCUUUGAUCUGCAGGAAGAGAGAACAGCGGCAGCUGGUGCGGGAUGGACAGGAAAAGAGGAAGCAGGAAGAGGAGAGGGGACUGCAGGCUCAGGGUGAGCCCUCUUGUCCUCAGUCCUCUACUGCAAAGCCCCCUGUGCCCACUCUAGCGCCAGUUCCCAUGGAGACGGAGGAGCCUGAGGGGGAGCAGCACCAGGUGCAGCAGCCUGGGGCCCCUGCAUCAACCAUUGGUGGUAUGGAAGUCCAGUCCUCCAUUACUGUGUCUGAAUCUCACAGUGGUCAGCCAGUUCUAUCCACAUAUACGUCUGUACAGCCUGAGCAGCUGCCUCAGCCCUCUGCAACUGCACACAACACUCCUCCACUACUACCCCAGCAACAAACAGGGAUCCAAACACACAGCCUCCCACAAACCCCUCCUGCACAAAGCAGCAGUGCUUUGUCUUCAGUCCCUGUGUCCCUUCCUGGAAAUACUGCUCCACUGCAGACUGUUCCUGUUCAGCCUGGUAUGUCCCUGCAGCAUCAUCAGCCACCAUUAGAUGGCAUUGCUGGUCAGCAGAGCUCCACUCAACACCCACCACAAGGCACUCAUAUCUUACAGACUCCUCAGAGUGUGUCCGAGCCUCUACCUUCUGAGCAGACUCAAGCACAGUCAGUGCUGAUUCCACCAUCUACAGAGAGUGGUCUGUCAGAUGCAGCAUCAGGGCUCAGUGAUGGGAAUGAUGGCAGGCAUGAGGCUCGCUCUAUGAAGCGCCACCAGCGUCGCUCUGUCCGCAGCCGUUCACGUCAUGACAAGAUGGCCAAGGGCAAGCUCAUUGUACUCAAUAUUUCUAAUAUUGGUGACAGAGUGGCUGAAUGCCAGUUGGAAACCCACAACAGAAAAAUGGUGACAUUCAAGUUUGAUCUGGAUGGAGACAACCCUGAAGAAAUUGCACGGAUCAUGGUCAAGAGUGACUUCAUUCUGGAGAGUGAGCGCGAGUCUUUUAUUGAGCAGGUGCGAGAGGUUAUAGAUAUGGCAGAUGAGAAAGGAGAAGCUAUAAAAGACAGUUAUCCUCAGGUGAUAAGCAACUCAAACCAGCAAACACCUGAGAUAUCAACUCCUAAUCUUUCCGGUGUCCCACCAAAUGUGGCUGCGCAAGUGGUGCAUUCAGCUGGACGACGUUUUAUUGUCAGCCCUGUGCCAGAAGCACGACUGCGGGAGCCAUUUUAUGGCCCUCCCUCAGCUAGCACAUCUUUCGGAGAUGACCUGACAGUGUGUGAUCCUACCCCAGCUGGCAAUACACAACAAGACCAAAGCAACCUAGUUCCCAACACCAACCAAAUUUCUGUAUUACCUACUCAACCUGGAGGACCUGUGACUCAAUCUGUAUACCAGAGCACAGGGAUAGUUGCACAGAACACUUCUGUCAAUGUCCCUGUUGUAACCCAAGGUUCUACUUCACCACCUUCUGCUGCUCAGCUCCCCAGAACAGGCAGGAUAUCUCCUUCCUCUGCUCUAUCAGAGCAGCCUGUCUGUCAGCGUCGCCCCUCGCUGCCCACCCCAACUGCUUCCUACCAGCAGCCUGAGAGCAACAACACUGUUACACCAUCUGCUGGCGAGCAGCUGCCUGUUCUUGCUGCCUCCGUCCCACAGGGGCCACUUGCCCACUCCUCAACCCCUACGCCACUGCCUGUAGCUGCCCCCAGCCACUGUGGAGAGAGUGAGGGGGAAACGCAGGGAAAGUCACCAGGCAUCGAAGACAUCCAUGCCUUGGACAAGAAGCUUCGCUCUCUUUUCCAUGACCAGGGUUCUUCCUCAAACCCUUUGGCCCAACCUGACGGUUCUGCCGACAUGGCCCCCACCUCCUCACCCCCCAACAGCAUCAGCUCUCCUCCGUCUGGCCUGACUUCGAGUGCAGGUCACAUUCCACAAGCCAGUUUGUCCCUGAGCUCCAGUGGACACUAUGCUCCUGGCACCUUUGCCUCUCAAGCCCAAGCAGGAACAGCUACUAUAUAUGUGCAAACUCCUCAGACUGACCCUGGCUUGCAAAGACUUCAGACAUCUGUGCCUGGACCUCAGAAUGGUGAAAAUGCUGCAGAGAACACCCAGCCUGAUGCAGCACCAGAUAGUGAAGGUUUUAAACUUGGUCGAUUUCAGGUUUCUGUGGCUACUGAUCAAAUAGUAGAUGGUGUUCCUGCCACAACAAACUAUGGUCACGUACAAACUAUGGUCUCCUCUUCAUCCACUACCACUUCUUUAUCAUCUUCCUCAUCUAUCUCAAGCCCUGAAAACACUCUCCAUAAGUCCCAAACCUUGCAGAGGACAAGCCCUGAACACAACAUUCCAGACUCCCUCCCUGCUACUACUGCUUCUACUACAAUUGGUCGCUUUCAGGUGACCUCCAGUUCUGACAUCAGAGUGGGCCGUUUCUUGGUUAGUACUUCCGGAAAGGACGGUACUACUGUAAAUACAAUCGAAGGACCAGACACCAGUCAGGAUCUCCGGAUGUCCCCAGCCAACCAGACCAACUCUCAGUGCUGUUUAAGCAGUGACAACGACUCAGAGCCAGAGGAUGAAGCCUUCAAGAAAGAGAUCAGACAGCUCAGGGAAAGACAUAUGAUUGAGAUCCAGGCCUUGCAGACUAAGCAGAAGAAAGAGAUUGAGGAGCUAUAUGCACGGAUGGGAAAAACACACCCCCCUGUAGUGGCCUCCUCUGUUGUAGCUGUGGCAGGAGGUCGGCGGAGGCCCACAAAAGGCAAGGGCAGCAAGUCAAGCCGCAGUGGCAGCAACCAUGGCAGCCUCCAGCAACAAGGAAACAAAUAUUCUUCACAAGGCAGGCAGGCUUCAGUCAGUCAGCUAGCUACAGGGGAGAUUCCAGUUCCCCAGAGUACACCUGUUCAGGAUGCUCAGUCAGAAGGGACUACAAUCAUAAAUAAAGCAGAGAAUGGUUCUAAUCAAGCCACUAAUCUUCCUCGAAAAGGCACGUUUACAGAUGACCUCCACCAGCUGGUGGAUAACUUUGCUCGGGAUGCCAUGAACCUGGCACAGGUCAAGAAAAGUGGAAAGCAGAAUGCACAAAGCCAUGAUACACACCCUCGCAAGUUUUCUGCACCACAGCUCUGCUCCAUAGGCAGUCAUGUGUCCACCAACCCUAGUACUGGAAGGAAGGGUUCGCUGUCUUUGACCUCACAGCAGUACAGCUACCAUUACACUACCCCACAAUGGACAGGGCCAACAGGACAUGCUCAGGUGGGCUUGCUGCAGCCUACAGCCACAAAUAGCCUUCAACAAGGCUUCCAUGUGGCCACAGGGCCUCACAAACCAGGAAAUAACGGUGGAGGAUCAAACUUGCGGAGCACUCAGGCAAGUUAAGACAGAAGGGCGUAGCACCACUGGCACCGGAUUAGGAACACCCCACAUACAUACUAAAGACACUUGGGUUGUUUUCAAUAAAUAUGUUUCAGGACAAGACUAGACUAGACCAGUCAUGCUGAAAUAGUACAGAAAAGAACAAACAAUUAAAUAUGAAAAAAUGGUGUCUUGUGACCUAAUGAAAACCAAGUAGACUCAUGAUGACUUCACUAGAACUUGAGCACCUGAGGUGUGUACAGAAGGGUAAGAAGGCUUUGGGACGUGGAGGUCAAUGUGUACAGAGCAGUACAGGAAAGCUAGACUCUUAAUCCUUAAGACGUUAAUCCUAAAAUUUGGUCUGUUUAAAUGAAGAUGCAUGGAUUUUUUUAUUUAUUUUUUUUUUUUUUUUUGUAAAAUAAAAUAAAAAAAAACUGGUAUACAUCUCAUAAAAUAAUACCACAGUGAUCUUACAAUUUGCAGUCCAGAUGAAAACCUUUCAUCUACACAGGAUGGAGUAAUUUAAAAAAAUAAAAAAGCUACGGUUGAAGGUUGACGAGUUUGGAAUAUAAAUGCUGCCAGUACACAUCUGUAAUUAAGCAUGACGGCAAUAAGCAAAAGAUGGAUAAAGUAAGUUGGUAGUAUGGAGUAAAGAAAGUCUUCUUUGUUGAUGGUAAAGUUGGGCUAUAGGCUUAAAUGAUAUUACAUGUUAAUCAUGAAUAGUAGGGGACCGCCUUCUUUCAAGGUUUUUUUUUUUUUAAUUAUUAUUUAAAGUAUGCUCAUUUUAAAACAUUUCAUUAAAAUGUUAGCAUUUGAAUUAAAAUGACAAAGAUGUGCAAUAUAUGAAGGUUUUAAAAGCAGUGAGAUAUAGCACUUGAUAAACUUUACACCUUUUUUCUUUUAUAAAUAUAUAAAUUGCAACUUUUUUGUGUUUGUGGAAGUCCUUUUGACUCUAGCUUGUGUCAGGCCUAGACUCUAUCCCUGUUAUUCCUGAAAACACAUACUGUAAUUUAAUGGAUGUAAACAGAAGCAGUGUGGGUUGUGGUGUCUGGGAUGACUACGGGGUGUAGCAUCCUGUACACCCCCGGACUACGUGCAUAUGGGGUGCCUUUCUAAACUACCAGAUGUUUUCAUUUUGAGCCAGCCUUGAAGCACUAGUACACUAUAAAACAUGAUUGUUUUAACUUAAAGUAACCUGGUUGCCUUAAAUUUGAGUUCACUGAACUUCAAACAAGUUAACAGAAUGUAAAACACAUUCUCUUAACUUUCUAUUUGAAGUUUAAUGAACUCGAAAUAAGCCAACCAGGGUACACUUAAGGUAAAACCUUAAAUCAUUUUUUACAGUGCAUGUUCCACCCAUUAAGUAUUCCCUUUAAGUGGAUCGUUUAUGGUCAGUAAUGACCAUUACUAUCCUAUUGGAAUUGGCAGACAAUUUUUCAAAUAUUUCCUAUAACAAAAAUGGAUUGAAACAUCCACAACUUAAAUAUUACAGUAUUGCACAUUAGAACUGAUUUGUGUUUAUGCUCUAUUACCACUCAAACAUUUUUAUUACUAAGCCACAAAGAGUGCCAUUCCCACACAGAAGUGACUCCUCACCUCUGAAAUGAUCAGCUUGACUUCUCUAGAGAAGGAAAAAAAUGUUACUGCAAUGCAGAAUAUGCACCAUUUUAAAGUUUAAACAGGCACGGGAGGUUAAUGUUACUUUUGAUACUUGAGUGCAUGAAUUUUUCUAAAUCUGAUUUUCAUUGAGCACAUUCUCGCAAACACUGUUCAGAGUACCACUAGUGUCACAGAUCACACCCUGCUGUAUUCAGUGUUCUCAGAAUUGCAUGUUUUUGUUUUUAAAACGGAUCUCAUCUGUGCAUUUAAAUCAGCAUUAAAUCUGUAAGUUAAGGAAAAAAAAACAGGCAAGUAAUACUGCUUAUAUGGUAAUUCUGAGCUAUUUUCAUCCUGGGUCUUUUUGGUGAUGAUAUUGAUGGUUGUGUGUUAAUCUUGUUUAAAAGACUGUAUAUACACAAUAUUAAUUAAAAAUUUGCAACAGUGCAA